ACUUCCUCCCCACCAGGCACUGGGCGGGGCGACCCGGAAGGGGCCAGCGUAGCCGAGGUGACACAUCUCUGCCCGGCCAGCUCCCGCAGCAGCUGGAUCAGCAGGCCACGGCAGCACAGGCCACCCUUCCCCAGCGCCUCAGAAUGGACGUGUGCCACCCAGACCCAGCGGAGCUGAGCAGCGGGGAGACAGAGGAACUGCAGAGGAUCAAGUGGCACCGGAAACAGCUUCUGGAAGACAUCCAGAAGCUGAAAGACGAGAUCGCAGAUGUGUUUGCCCAGAUUGACUGCUUCGAGACCGCGGAGGAGAGCCGGUUGGCCCAGAAGGAGAAGGAGCUAUGCAUCGGGCGUAAGAAGUUCAACAUGGACCCCAUGAAGGGCAUCCAGUAUCUCAUUGAGCACAAACUGCUGGCCCACAACGUCCAGGACAUCGCCCAGUUCCUGUACAAGGGCGAGGGCCUCAACAAGACAGCCAUCGGCACCUACCUGGGGGAGAGUGCGUGUGCCUUCCUUCCUGCCCUCUCCAGGGAUCCCCUCAAUCUGCAGGUCCUCCAGGCCUUCGUGGACUGCCACGAGUUUGCCAACCUCAACCUCGUGCAGGCCCUCAGGCAGUUCCUUUGGAGCUUCCGGCUGCCAGGCGAGGCCCAGAAGAUCGAUCGGAUGAUGGAGACGUUUGCCACCCGAUACUGUCUUUGCAACCCAGGCGUGUUCCAGUCCACAGACACCUGCUACGUCCUGUCCUUCUCCAUCAUCAUGCUCAACACCAGCCUUCACAACCCCAAUGUCCGGGACAGGCCGCCCUUCGAGCGCUUUGUGUCCAUGAACCGCGGCAUCAAUGACGGCGGUGACCUGCCUGAGGAACAGCUGCGGAACCUCUUCGACAGCAUCAAGAGUGAGCCCUUCUCCAUCCCGGAGGACGACGGCAACGACCUCACUCAUACCUUCUUCAACCCUGACCGCGAGGGCUGGCUCCUCAAGCUGGGGGGCCGCGUGAAGACGUGGAAACGCCGCUGGUUCAUCCUGACCGACAACUGUCUCUAUUACUUCGAGUUCACCACUGACAAGGAGCCACGGGGUAUCAUACCUCUUGAGAACCUCUCUGUGCAGAAGGUGGAUGACCCCAAGAAGCCAUUCUGCCUGGAGCUCUACAACCCCAGCUGCCGGGGCCAGAAGAUCAAGGCGUGUAAGACGGACGGUGAGGGCAAGGUGGUGGAGGGCAAGCACGAGUCAUACCGAAUCUCUGCCUCCAGCGCGGAGGAGCGCGACCAGUGGAUCGAGGCCAUCCGAGGCAGCAUCACCCGUGUCCCCUUCUACGACCUGGUCUCUGCUCGGAAAAAGAAAAUUGCCAACAAGCACUGAGCUUCCUGGGAGGUGGUGCCUGGGGCCAGGUGUCGCAGGAACCCCAUGACCUGUGGUACCCGGAGACUUACGUCCCACCUCAGGGCACCCUUUCCUGGCCCACAGACAUCUCCCUGCCCCCAUGAUUUUGAGCUAUGGGGGGCGGGGGGGAGGCGCCAAGGCUCAGGAGGGUGGGUGGGAAACCCCAAGGGCUCAGACGUGGCACUUAGGUCCCCUGGCCCUCGGCACCCAGCCACCACCAGGAAAGGCCCCUGCGUCCUGCCCCAAGUCACUGCAGCAAGGAGCAAGGAAAGCAGCCCCAGAACCAGCACCCUGUCCUCCCUUCGGGCCUCAGUUUCCUCUGUUGUGGAACAUCUCCCGCGCUCUGAAAUGCUGUCGGCCCUCAAGGGAGGAGGAGCCGUGGGAAUCCUGAGUGCUUCCAGCCCUUGGCCCUGGCAAUGUCUCCUCCUUCUGCUCAGGGGUUUCUCAGCCAGCCUCUUCCCUGUCUCCAGCUGGGACUUGGCCGUCCCUGUCUGAGGGACACACACAGCUCAGACGCACAGACAGGACCGCUUGGAGACGCCAGGAGCACUGGACUAGGAGUCCAGUGCCCGCAAUCUCCGUCCCAGCUCUGUCUCCAACUUGGUGUGUGCCCUCUCCUAGUCAUACUCCUGUGGUUCUUGGGAAACUGCGGGGUUUGGAUAGAAACGUCUUGGCGCACUCUGUGUCUGUGACCCCACCCCCAGCAACGGUAACAGCCCCGGUGCAGAGCUGUGCCCCAGCUGCCACCUGCCUCCUCAAGGACCACUUCCUUUUGGUAGAAGGACAAGAUUGUACUGGGCCAAGAAGGACAAGAUGUCUGCACUUGUUGCCUGAGCCGGAGGGGCUCUGACACAAGGCCGCAGGGAAGCCAAGAGCAGAGUGGGGCUCCAAUCACAAGGAUGUCCAUUUUGGAGAAGGGGCAAGUGAGACUCCUCCAGAAAAUGGCAGAGAGCGUUCCAGACAGAUGUAUUCAAGCAGGGCUGGCGGUACAGCCAAGAAGCCAAGAAGAGAGAGCUUUGUGAACCAUGGUUACCAGGAGGGCUGCCUGGAGGCAGCACCCAUGCCACUGAGUGACAUAGAAGCUUGUGGCAGAGUCUCAGCCCUAGCCUCCCUGCUGACCCCUGACCGGGGGUCCUGUGGUGGUGAGCGGCUGCCCAGCUGGGUCCUGGCAUCCUGAGACCUGCGGCAGCGCGUCAAGAGUUGAGCAGAUUUCCCCACACACAGGCGGGCAGCUCUGCCUCCAGGGAAGCCCCAGCCUGGAGGAGGAUUCCUUGAACAGAAGCCCUUCUGACCCCCUCACACAGGCUCUGGGGGAGUCCCUGGAGGGAAGUUCCCUGGCAGGAAAGCAGGAGAUGCUGUUGCCUCUGCCCCAAGCCUGAGUGGGCGAGCCGGAGCAAGGUGCAUUCCCCAAGGGAGAGGAGGCAGUCUCUCCUCCCCUCCACCCCCACUGACACAUGCACGCCGUUCGUGGAGUCAGGAUAGAAUAGCUGUCUUGUGUGUGGUGAGAUCCCCAUCUCUGGAAGUGUGUAAGUGCCUAGUAAUGACAUGGUACUGAAGACGGCCUGGGUUGGGCAUCUGCAGGGGGCCUUGGAGGACAUUUGAGGACUUCUACAGACCCCAUGUCAGCCUGGGAACUGGGUGGCACCACUGCCACCUCCUUUGUCCCCUGAAGGGACAGCCAGGGGUCAUGGAAGGAGCACUAGGCUGAGGAUCAUGGACUCCGGGGUCUUCUGCCACUGGCAUGCACUAGCUGUGUGGCCUUCGCCCCCCUCUUUCCUUCUCUGGCCCUCAGCUUCCUCCCCCAUCAUUGAGAGGGUGGAAGUGUUGAUUUUCCAGGCAUGAGCGGCUGUCCUGAGAAUCACUCAGAAGACAGAAUAAAGCUCAUGGUCCAUCUCGGGA